UAUCUAGUUAACCUAACAACGGUUGGAUCAUGAUUAAAUUCAUGCUAUUAUUCAGUCGCCAAGGCAAGGUGCGUCUUCAAAAAUGGUUCAAUGCAAUUGGUGAUAAAGAGAGAAAAAAAAUUGUAAGAGAAUUGGUCUCAAUCAUUCUCGCAAGACGUCCAAAAAUGUGCAACUUUUUGGACUGGAAAGAUUUGAAGAUUGUGUAUAAAAGAUAUGCAUCAUUGUUUUUUUGCUGUGCAAUCGAAGACUUUGAUAAUGAGCUUUUGACAUUAGAAGUUAUCCACAGAUAUGUUGAAAUUCUUGACAAAUACUUUGGAAGCGUUUGCGAACUUGAUAUAAUUUUUAAUUUUGAGAAGGCUUAUUAUAUACUGGAUGAAUUCAUAUUGGCAGGUGAGAUACAAGAAUCUUCCAAAAAGAAAGUUUUGCAAGCAGUUGAGUCCGCUGAUGCUAUGCAGGAAGAGUAUCAGGAAGCUGAAGCAACACGUAGUAUAUUAGAAGACUUUGGAUUAGCAUGAUAUAAAACUAAAUGUGAAUGACCAAUGAUCAUUGCUGGACAGAUACAUUGUCAGGCUGCUCUCUGACAUUCUCAAAUAUAGUCCAAUUGAAGCCCUACUAUUAUGGAAUCAUGUGACCGAUUUCGCCUUGCUACAUUCCUUAUCUGGGUUCUCAUUAUAUUCUCAUAUAUUCAGUGCUUUUAUAGAUAAUUAAAUCUUAUUAUAUAAAUAUAACAUAUGGGAUGCAUGGCCAACCUGCAACA